UUCUGUCCUGACCCCUCUGCAGCUCCGCAGGCCGCGGUCUCCGUGCGCUCUGGCUGAAUGGAGGCGGGCUCUCGCUGAUUGAAUCCAGCUGUUGUGAGAGGAGGAGGAGGGUGGGGGGGUCUGUGGAUUUUGGUAGGACCGUCGGAGCGGGGCCGGAACAGAACAGCCCGCUCGAAAAGCCAUUCCUCCAACAUUUCGGUCAAUGCGCCGACGCUCCAGCUCGACCAGACAGCGGUUCAUGCACACCUGGCGUCGGCUCUCGCGUAAAGGCGCGCAGUCGGGGGGCGGUGAGCGGUAGAGGUGCGGGGGACUGGGCAGGAUUCACGGGUCGUCUAAAACGAGAGCUCAAUAGAAACCAUCAAAUAUGCUUUUUGAUGUACGUGCCGUCAGGUUCUGUGCUUCUGCGAGGAUGUUGGCAGCCCUGGUGUUCAUUCUGCUUCGCAUCCAGCCCGGACACGGACAGACGUGCACACAAGGCUUCGACUACGACCGCAGGUCCAGGCAGUGCAUAGAUGUGGACGAGUGCCGGACCCUGCCGGACGCCUGCCGGGGAGACAUGCGCUGCGUGAACCAGAACGGAGGCUACCUGUGCAUCCCGAGGGCCAUGUACAACCAGCCCUACCGCCCGGAGCUCCCGGCGCCGCCGCAGCCGCUCUACCCGGACUCCUCCGCGGGCGUAUCGGACACCUUCCUCCCAGAGCCUCCCAGAUCCGUGGAGCCCAGCUACCCCAGGGUGGUCAGCACCGCGCAGUGCCUUCUGGGAUACGCUCUGGCGGCGGAUGGCACCUGCAAUGACAUCGACGAGUGCGAGACCAACUCCCACCACUGCAACCCCACGCAGGUGUGCAUCAACACGUCCGGCGGCUACACCUGCUCCUGCACCGAGGGCUACUGGCUGAUCGGGGGCCAGUGUCAGGAUAUUGAUGAAUGUCGCUAUGGUUACUGCCAACAGCUGUGUGCCAACGUGCCUGGCUCUUACUCCUGCUCCUGCAACCCCGGCUUUGUGCUUAACCCAGACAGCAGAACCUGUGAAGAUGUGGACGAGUGCGACGAGAAGCCCUGCAGCCACAGCUGCUUCAACACCUACGGCUCCUUCAUGUGCAGCUGCGAGGAGGGGUUCGAGCUGGCGUCGGACGGCACGUCGUGCAUCGACUUGGAUGAGUGUAGCUUCUCGGAGUUUCUGUGUCAGUACAGAUGCGUGAACACGGCCGGGUCUUUCUCCUGCAUCUGUCCGCCUGGAUACUACGUGUACGAGGACGGCAGGAGUUGUGAAGAUUUCAAUGAAUGUGACACUGGUAACAACACGUGUACAACAGCACAAGUGUGUUUCAAUUUCCAGGGAGGGUAUACAUGCCUGGAUCCUUUACAGUGUUCCCGUCAUUACGUUGAAGUUAGUGACAAUCAGUGCAUGUGUGCAGCUGAGAACCCUGCCUGCAGGGACAAGCCCUUCACCAUUCUGUACCGACACAUGGACUUGUCGUCGGGGCGCAGUGUGCCGACAGACAUCUUCCAGAUGCAGGCCACCACGCGCUACCCCGGCGUCUUCUACAUCUUCCAGAUCAAGUCCGGCAACGAGGGCCGAGAGUUUUACAUGAGGCAAACCAGCAACGUGAGCGCCACGCUGGUCCUGACCAGGCCCAUCAAGGGCCCCAAGAAGCUGGUGCUGGACCUGGAGAUGGUCACCGUCAACAACGUCAUCAACUUCCGAGGCAGCUCCAUCAUCCGUCUGACGAUAUUCGUGUCGGAGCACCCGUUCUGAGCGAUUCAAGCGUUCAACCUCCAAUAAAAGCGUCUUCCGAUAAAGACUCAUCGUCGAUCAGCUGAUGGGAAAACAUCCCACGCUCGAAUCCCCCCCCUCCCUUGUUUAAUGGACACCAAGCUAUUACGGCUGCAUAUGAACCUUUGACACUCGUGGAUCUUUUUGUAUAAUUUCUGCCGUCUCGUGUUUUUGAGUUGUCUGAAUUCUCCCAGCCUCCAGAUAAGCUGUGAACGUGACUUCAUGCUGUCCUCGCAUCACCGAGAUGAGACAGCAGAAGAGCUGGAAAUCGGGGCAGUAGCGUAACCGUGCAUAAUCAGUGGCAACGUUUGACGUGAUGUAACUCGCGGUCAUAAACUGAAUUAUUGAUCACAGCUUCCUUUUACAGCAAUAAACGUCUUCACCACA